CUAUGGAGAAGUAAGCAAACGAAGGGAAGAAGAGCAAGAGCUCCUCUUCCUCACAAAGAUCUUAUAUUAUAUUUAUUCUAUUUAUUAUUUAUUUUUCUGAUUUAGUUUUCCCUUCGAUCGGAGAACUAAUGGUGGAUGCUCAAAGCCUCUGAUGAGUAUCGGGAAGAGAUGAGGGGGAAGAAGAGCCUGCCACUUGCCACCUUCGAGCACAAGCGGGAUGCAUAUGGAUUUGCUGUGCGACCGCAGCACCUUCAGAGAUAUCGUGAAUAUUCUAACAUCUACAAGGAAGAGGAAGAAGAGAGAUCAGAGAGAUGGAAGCACUUCUUGGAAAACCUUGCAGAAUCUACUCAGCCACUGGAAAAUGGGUCCCAUUUAGAGAUUGAUGCAGUCUCACCCACUGGACACAUAGAGGAGGAGGUACCCACCAGUGUUGAUGACAAUGGUUCGAGUGCCGGCACACCUGAUAGCAUCACAGAAAGUACUUUGAGGGAAGAAUCUCUGUCAAAGCCAAGGAUCCAUAAAGUUCAAAUUUGGACUCAGGUUAGGCCAUUGGUUAGGUCAAUUGAGCAGAUGAUGGGUACUCGUGUGAGGAAAAGAAAGGAGUUGGGAACAAGUGAAUCAGAUAUGGUCAGUAGCCCUCAUCUUCCAACUGUUGAAGACAGAAGGCCAGGAAAGCAAGGGGGUUCAUCUAGAGCACAUACUGGAUCUUUUGAAGAGGAUUCAGAAGAAGAAUUUUAUGACAUAGAGAGAUCAGAUCCAAAUCAAGAUGCCCUUCUGAAUGAUAAUUCACAUCCAGACUCAGCGACAAGUUCUCUAGCCGAUGGAGUUGUUUCAGAGACAUUUGGCCCUUGGAGGGAAGAGAUGGAGUGCCUUGUUCAGGGAGGAGUUCCAAUGGCUUUAAGAGGAGAGUUGUGGCAAGCCUUUGUUGGUGUUAAGGCACGAAGGAUUGAGAAUUACUAUGGUGACCUUCUUGCUGCAGAAGAUGUUUCUGCAGCAGGAAAUGAAGGUGGCAACUGUGUUUCAGAGAAUGAUAGGGAAGGGUUGACAAAGUCCCGAAAAAGACCACAUGAAAAAUGGAAAGCGCAGAUAGAGAAGGAUUUGCCUCGCACAUUUCCAGGCCAUCCAGCUUUGGAUGAAGAUGGUAGGAAUGCCUUGAGGCGUUUGCUUACAGCAUAUGCUCGACACAAUCCCUCUGUUGGGUACUGCCAGGCUAUGAAUUUCUUUGCUGGCUUACUACUACUGUUGAUGCCUGAGGAGAAUGCUUUCUGGUCCUUGGUUGGUAUAAUGGAUGAGUAUUUUGAUGGAUACUACUCAGAGGAAAUGAUCGAAUCACAGGUAGACCAACUUGUUUUUGAGGAGUUGGUGAGAGAGAGAUUUCCCAAACUAGUUAAUCAUCUGGACUACUUAGGAGUUCAAGUUGCAUGGGUUACUGGACCUUGGUUUCUUUCAAUUUUUGUAAAUAUGUUGCCAUGGGAGAGUGUUCUUCGAGUGUGGGAUGUGCUUCUGUUUGAUGGGAAUCGUGUUAUGCUCUUUAGAACAGCACUUGCUCUACUGGAGUUAUAUGGUCCUGCACUUGUGACCACCAAAGAUGCAGGUGACGCGGUUACCUUGUUGCAGUCUCUUGCUGGUUCAACCUUUGACAGUAGUCAGCUUGUAUUGACUGCUUGCAUGGGCUAUCAGGCAGUGACUGAAAUGAAGUUGCAAGAAUUACGGAGCAAGCAUCGGCCAUCAGUUAUUGCUCUUAUUGAUGAGCGUGCCAAAGAGCUCCGGAUUUGGAAAGAUUCUCAGGGUCUUGCUUCUAAGUUGUACAGUUUCAAGCGUGACACUGGAUCGGUAUUGACCAAGUCCAACUCUAUUGGUAGUUCAGAUGGAACACAUGAAAAUGGAAGUCCAUGCGUAGUGGAAUCUGGAUCUGCAAAUAUAGAUGAACUUAUUCAUAGUCUAACUGGUGAAAGUGAUCCAAGUUCCAGUCUGGACCUUCAGGAACAGGUUGUAUGGAUGAAGGUUGAACUAUGCAGAUUAAUGGAGGAGAAAAGAAGUGCUGAUUUAAGGGCCGAAGAGUUGGAGACAGCACUCAUGGAGAUGGUCAAACAGGAUAACAGGCGUCUUUUGAGUGCAAAGGUAGAGCAAUUGGAACAGGAGGUAGCUCAACUUAGGCAAGCUCUUACAGACAAACAGGAACAAGAGCGUGUCAUGCUUCAGGUUUUGAUGCGAGUGGAGCAGGAGCAAAAAGUAACUGAGGAUGCCCGACGAUUUGCUGAGCAAGAUGCAGCAGCUCAGCGAUAUGCUGUUAAUGUGCUUCAGGAAAAAUAUGAAGAAGCAAUGGCUUCCCUUGCUCAAAUGGAGAAAAGAGCAGUCAUGGCAGAAAGCAUGUUAGAAGCUACGUUACAAUAUCAAUCUGGUCAAGUUAAAGCAGCACAACCAUCAAUUUCAUCUCCGAGAGGUGCAUUAAUGGACAGGACUAGCCAGGAAUCUUCAACGGAGCUGCCCACUAGGAAGACUGGUUUGCUGUCUAGGCCUUUUGGACUUGGUUGGCGUGACAGGAAUAAGGGCAAAGUAAGCAAUAUGGGCGAUGCCAGUGAGAACAAGCCCAACAUGGAAGAUGCACCAAAGUCACCCAUGCACAAAGAUGUUAUUGGUCACUAAGUGAUGUAAAUCCGAAGUCGUGGAUCAGCAACACCAACGACGGUAGGAGGAGUUUUUGCCUCUCCAUGCGACAGUUGCUACCCUCUUCCCUGGCGAUUAGGUAGCAAGCCUAAGAUGCCCCCAUCUGUGCGUGUGUAUCGUUGAAGUUAGUAUGAAUAUGAAAAUGUCAAUUUUGGUUAGUAUGUGCUAGUAUGAUUAAGAUAGGUCGCUGACAAGGACUUAGAAUCAUUGUACAUCAUAAUAUCAGUGCUACCACCUUUACUCCCUAUUUAGGGUGCGAGCUUAUUCUUUA